GAUUCUCAGCUCGCGAUGGCUCUGCUCGUCGAUUUUGCGCAGAGUGCUGGCGAUUUCAGGCUCUGCAGGCGUUUUCGCGACGAGCUCAUGUCACUCCCAACAAUGCUGCAGCAUGACGCUGACCUCGACGCCAGUGUUCGACUCUCUCACUUGUCAACAGCCACACCUCGGGUCGUCUCAACAUUGUUCCGGGUCUCAAGAGUGCCUCUCGAGUCAACAUGAGACAGGCUCUUCGUAUACUUCUCGAGCAUUCGUUGCUGAGAGAUUUGAUAAGAUCCAGAACACUUUUUUCUCGAUUUAGUACACUGCUGGUCGGUUGCUGAUUUGCACGAUUAUUUUUAUUGCUUUAAGUUAUUGUAAAGUAUCCCCUGAGCUGUAAGUAGGUAAGGUAGCUGCGGCCCGUUGAGUCAAAGGUCCCUAGACGUCAUGGUAGUGACGAACUGAAUCCUGAAGUCGAGUCAACGUACUGGACAUUGACCUCGACAAAUCUUUACACGUCUUGGUGUAUUAGAUGUUUCUUAAAAGCCUGGACCAGUCCAUUGUCUGACGAGUCUUCAUGCGAGGAGAGAGAACGGACCGCCGUCAUAAAUGACUGGGACAACCAUAUGUCAGUACAACAGAAAUUUUAGGACAUCAACUCCCAAAAGUAGCUUUAAAAGAAAAGGAAGAUGAACAAAGAUUAAAUUCUAAUUGCAUAGUUCCUUUUGACUUCCUGCGAAGAAUGGAAGAUCUAGUUUCGCGGAAUUUGUUCAGGGUUCAAUUUGUUCAAGGUUUCGGUCAUGCCCACGCAUGAUCAGUGUCGAUUUUGCUCGUGUUUCAUCGCGUGGAAUUCCUUCACUGUAUCUUAUCUUUGAAAUGAUGAGAUAUGCUUACGGAAAGUUUCCAAGAAGCUGGCAGAUUCACUUGUAUUACUUUCCGACUCAUGCUUUUUGGGCAAUUUUGUGGUGAGAAUGUGUAGAGGCUAAAGUGAAGGUUCUAGAAUCCUUCAGGAAUGAGCGGCUGAUUCCACUCUUUUACAUGUGUUCCAAUAUCCAGUGAGUGUGAAGAAUCUCGCAUCAAAGGCAUUCUUGAAAGCACUGCUAUAGAUUCUGAGACAGAAAUGAGGAACGAAUACACCUCAUCUGACGUCGAGAAGCGAGACGACGGCCUACAAACCCCAAGUAGUGGAAUGUACAAGGUGAUCUUGGACAACUUUUCUAGCUCAUUAAUGUCUUUUGAUGGUGAAAGGAACGCCAAGGUCGGGACUCGUAAGUCUCAAAUUUUGUGCACAAGCUGACCAUAUCUAAGACAAGAGUCCCGAAGGAAAACUGUGUUGCAAGUCUUCUUGCUCAAGAUAUCAUCCCAUGUUUUGACC